UGUGUGUCUUUGUGUUAGAUCUAGGGUUCAUCAAUCUGCGGUGCUGGGGGAGCUAUGCCCAUUCUCGCCACGUUCGAGGAUCAGGAGCGCGAGAGCGAGUAUGGAUACAUCCGCAAGGUCUCCGGGCCUGUGGUCAUUGCCGAGAAUAUGGCAGGCGCGGCGAUGUAUGAGCUGGUUCGCGUCGGGAAUGACAAGCUCAUGGGUGAGAUUAUUCGAUUAGAAGGGGACUCGGCAACGAUUCAGGUGUACGAGGAAACCGCUGGCUUGACCGUGAAUGAUCCAGUUCUUCGAACACACAACCCACUGUCAGUAGAGCUUGGACCUGGAAUUUUGAGCAACAUCUUCGAUGGUAUUCAGCGUCCUCUUAAAUCCAUUGCCAUUAAGUCGGGCGAUGUCUACAUCCCGCGAGGAGUUGCUGUGCCAGCACUUGACAAGGAUAAGCUGUGGGAAUUCUCUCCAAAAAAGAUUGGUGUUGGAUCCGCCAUCACUGGUGGAGACUUGUAUGCAAUUGUCCAUGAGAACUCGCUUAUGGAACAUCAUAUUGCUCUCCCUGCGGAUGCUAUGGGGAAAAUAACUUAUAUUGCACCGCAUGGUCAGUAUAGUCUCCAGGACAAGGUUCUGGAGCUUGAAUUUCAAGGUACAAAGAAGCAGUUCACUAUGCUUCAGAUGUGGCCUGUCCGAACGCCACGACCUGUAGCAUCUAAGCUUCCUGCAGACACUCCUUUGCUUACUGGACAGCGCAUUUUGGAUGCUCUGUUUCCUUCCGUGCUAGGGGGAACCUGUGCUAUUCCGGGAGCAUUUGGCUGUGGAAAGACCGUUAUUAGUCAGGCGCUUUCGAAGUUUUCGAACUCUGACGCUGUCAUUUACGUGGGAUGUGGCGAACGAGGAAACGAAAUGGCUGAGGUGUUGAAAGACUUUCCACAGCUUACUAUAACACUUCCUGAUGGACGCGAAGAGUCUGUCAUGAAGCGUACAACUCUCGUCGCUAAUACUUCAAAUAUGCCUGUGGCGGCACGAGAAGCUUCAAUUUACACGGGCAUUACUCUGGCUGAGUAUUUCCGUGACAUGGGCUAUAAUGUCAGUAUGAUGGCUGACUCGACGUCGAGAUGGGCCGAAGCCUUGCGUGAAAUAUCCGGUCGACUCGCCGAAAUGCCUGCCGACAGUGGUUAUCCAGCGUAUUUGGGUGCACGUUUGGCUACGUUUUACGAGCGGGCUGGAAAGGUUAAAUGCCUUGGUAGUCCCGACAGAACUGGAAGUGUUUCUAUUGUCGGUGCCGUGUCUCCUCCUGGUGGCGAUUUCUCAGACCCUGUUACGGCAGCGACUCUUAAUAUUGUCCAGGUGUUUUGGGGACUUGACAAGAAGCUUGCGCAAAGAAAGCAUUUCCCUGCUGUCAACUGGCUGAUAUCUUAUUCGAAGUAUACCCAGGCAUUGGAGGGAUUCUAUGAGCAUUAUGAUCCGAACUUUAUUUCAAUCCGAACAAAAGCACGUGAAGUGCUACAAAGAGAAGACGAUCUAAACGAGAUUGUUCAGCUUGUCGGCAAAGAUGCGCUGGCCGAGGGAGAUAAGAUUAUUCUUGAGACGGCCAAGCUCUUGAGAGAGGAUUAUUUGGCGCAAAACGCUUUCAGUGUAUACGAUAAGUUUUGUCCGUUCUACAAGUCCGUUUGGAUGAUGCGAAACAUCGUUCAUUUCUGCGACCUGUCCACUCAGGCUGUUGAGAAAGCUGCCGGAUCCAAGGGUCAGAAAAUAACUUUCAACAUCAUCAGGCAGCGCCUCGGAGACAUCAUAUACCGUUUAGUCUCCCAAAAAUUCGAAGAUCCGGCCGAGGGCGAGUCUGCGCUGUGCUCCACGUACCAGAAACUCUACGACGAUUUGACAACCGCGUUCCACAACUUGGAAGACGAGUACCGCGCGGCAUAAGAUAGAACUGGUUUUCUCCACCCGUAAAUAACGUCUCGUCGCGCUUGGUAAAAAACCAUUCUUUUCUUUGCGUCCAAGCUCUCCAUAGGUGGUUCUCUGCGCAAUAUUUAUAUACUACUCCUGGUAUUUUUUUUGCUUUGA